UGGAGGUGGUCUCCUCCCAGGACAGUGUGGCCAUUCGCAAGGACCCAGUCGUUCACAUGUUGACCGAACAAGAUGGUGCACGCCGACAACGCCAGGAUGAACUUCGUGGUGCCAGGGGGAGACCACCUGGUGCUGCUCAACGUCUACACACAGUGGAUGGAGAGCGGCUUCUCCACACAGUGGUGCUACGAGAACUUUAUCCAGUUCCGCUCCAUGAGACGAGCCCGGGACGUAAGGGAGCAGCUGGAGGGUCUGAUGGAUCGCAUCGAGGUGGAGGUGGUCUCCUCCCCGGAAGACAGUGUGCCCAUUCGCAAGGCGGUGACUGCAGGAUAUUUCUAUCACACAUCGAGACUGAGCAAAGGCGGCUACAAGACGGUGAAGCACCAGCAGGCGGUCUACACCCAUCCCAACAGCUCGCUGUUCGAGGAGCUGCCCCGCUGGCUCAUCUACCACGAGCUGGUCUUCACCACCAAGGAGUUCAUGAGACAGGUCAUUUGCAUCUCUCGCUCAAAUAUCUGCUGCGUUGCAGUAGCUGUGGUCUGUUUUUCAGACGCUUGUUUUCGUGAAUGUGAAACACAGAAAACAGCCUCUGUUUAAAAUGUAAACAGUCACACCUUCCUCUGAGUCCAGUAAAUGGGAUUACACCGAAUAUCUAUUAAUGGGGCAUGACUCUGCAAAUUAACGAGGAAGUGGGGCGAACUUUCCCGUAUAAUAUUUCACUGUGAGCUGGGCUGAAGGAGACAAACCCUCAGGGGACAGACUGGACAAAUAGAAGGCACAGGGGCACAUUCCCUCCCUUGUACAUGGCAGAGUAAAAACAGGAAAAUUACUUUGAAAGCUUGAAAAAUGCAUAAAAUUAAAAGGAAAGGCAUGGAAAUGUUGUGUGGAGCCGGUUCGGCUCAUGAGCAGCUACAUGUGUAUUUACAUGUGAAAUUAUUUCCUGCUGUAGCUCAAUAUGACAGACUUGGACAGUGCUCGAUCAGUAACAGCAUUCAGCACAGGCCACAUGGAGCUGAGAGAUGAAGUGAAAAGUAGGUCACAAACUCAGCGACGGGUUUAAUCAUAAACUUUGUACGUCAGCGGUGCCGCAACAAACAUUAAUGCACUUAAUUAACAAACCUGAGGCUUUGCUGACUGUUCAACUGUACGUAUGCACUAUUACCAAGACGUCUCCACCAAACUCAAACCGAGUCAUUUCCAAAGGAUGAGUUUUAUCCACAUGUGAGGUUCCUUAUCUUGUUUAUUUCCAUUUUCAAUAAAGUUUUAUGAUCUGUUUUUUGUCAUCGCACUCGUGUUCACCAUAUAUCAAGGACCCACUUAUUCUGGUUUUAGUCCCUCCAGUCAAGUCCCUGUUUAACAAGUUGUAUUAAGACGCCAUGUUUAUACAGCUCCCUGUCGAGUUAUUCUCCUGCUGGUUUAAGUUGUACAUAUGGACUGUCAGUUUGGAAAGUUGGAAAAUGUUUUACAGAAUCACCUUCUUGAAGUUGUGCUACUUUA